AUGUUGCCACUUCAUCGAUUAGAAACAGCCAUCGACCGCAAACUGGGGAGUGAUACUAGCCAACGCAUCGAGACAAUCUACCCCUUUGUAGUGCCACCGUGGUGGGAGCCACCAGAAGCAAGGAUUAACGAUACCCGUGAGGAGGCUAUCAAGGCUAUUGAAGCAAUCUCAGGAACAGAUACAACAAUACAGUUCUUUACCGAUGGGAGCGGCUUUGACAAUGGGAUUGGGGCAGCGGUCUACUCAUCAAUAGGACAGGCUUAUAAGCCAUGGGUGCCAGGCCACAAAGGGGUCCCAGGCAACGAGAAAGCAGACCAGCUGGCAAAGUUGGCUGCAGUCGAGGCGACACGGCGUACACAGGAGAACGCCCGCAUAGCCAGGAUCAGCGCACCCAAUCAGACUACACCACACGCCGCAUGA